AUGACUACAAUACCCAAUCCUGUCACAGCCGCGCUAGCCGAAAAUGCGGCAGCAUAUCCUGUUCAGAAAAAGGUUACACUCGGACCUUCUAGCGUAGUUGCCUACAUGUUCCAAGGCACCGGUGUCUUCAUGUGCCUCGACGUCAUAGCGUGGCCCAUGGAGGUUGCCAGAACUAGAAUGCAGGCCAGCAAAGAUAACCGACCUCAAUCCACUUUCAAACUUUUACGCGACAUUGCCAGGACUGAAGGUCCAACAAAGUUGUUCCGAGGUCUUGGUCCUUUCUUGUUGACUUCACUACCCUCACAGUUUGUAUACCUUGGUGUUUAUGAGCACGCUACGACUGUCAUUGAGCGUGAAUUUCCUGAUCGCCAUAAUUCAAACAGCGCCAUGAGAGUAGAGAUUGCUGUUGCUGGAACUGCAGGAUUCUUGGCGGAGGCCGUGUCAGCACUGUUUUAUGUGCCAACAGAUAUCAUUUCUCAGCGGUUGCGUGUACAAUCUGAAGCCAAAGGCGGCAAACACAUGACGAGCAUAGAUAUAUUCAAGUCAAUCUACAGGACUGACGGCAUUCGGGGAUAUUAUCAAGGUUUCAUGGCUACUCUGAUGGCAUUCACGCCCUCAAGUGUCACGCAUUGGGCAGGAUAUGAAUCGACUAAGAAGCUACUAUUCAAUCAGUUCAUUGCUCAGGAGCAGAAACAGAUUGCGCAAGGCAACCCGGAUGGAUUUUUCGCCAAAAACCGCUUCUCUCAGAAUAACAUGAUCAUUGUUGGAUUAUCGGCAUUAAACGCAUCUGUGAUGUCGCUCGUGGUUUCUUCUCCCUUUGAUAUGGUCCGUGUCCGAUUACAGUUACUGGAUAGUUUUCAUAAAGAUCAAGCUGAGCAGUUGAGGAAGGGUUGGUGGUCCAUGGCCAAAUUGAUUGCUAAAGAGGAAGGUAUCCGUGGAUUCUUUAAGGGCAUGGCUCCCAAGAUUAUGGCAUCAAUUCCAGGAGGCAUUGGAUAUCUGUUUGCAUACGAGUAUAUCAAGGAAAGCCUUGAGGGUGACUCUGAAUCAUCAGCAGGAAUAGCCACAACAGCAAAAACGGCAUCAUCGGCAUCAUCAGUAUCGUCAGCAUUAUCAGCAUCAGCAUCAUCUGUAACAGCCUCAACCUCCGUUUCAUCUAUUCUACCCCCUACUUUUUCUUCUGCAUGA